AUUAAGGAAGACCAAAAAUAUAAUGUUGAAACUCAUCCUUGGUGGAGCCUGUUGCUGAACACCAGGCCUUUCAAGAUGGUCCUCAGUAUUCUUAGCAUCCUUGUUCUUUGGGAACUGGUGCUUUUCAUCGACCACAGGGCCGCGUUGGCAAAGGUAGGGCAGCCUGACGUUGCCAUCCUGGCUGAGGACCCUAGCUGGCCCCUGGUUCGGGAGCUGCUAGAAGAGGCUCCCGGCAAGCAGCAGAGGAAGCCACAGCUCCAAGGACCCCAACUGCAAUACAUGCUGAAGUUGUACCAGAGCUCAGCUGACUCACUUGGGAACCCUAGGGAGAACCGCACCAUUGGGGCCACCAUGGUGGCGCUGGUGAGGCCCUCGGCCAACGCAGCAGAGCCUCUCAGAGGCCCCUGGCAUUUAUGGACCCUGGACUUUCGUUUCACAGGAAACCAGGCAGCACACAGGCUUGUGAGAGCCAUUCUUGUUUACCCUGAAGAAGUCUACAUAGAUCGCUUCCACUUCUCCUGCCAUGUGUAGCCCGGGUUCAGGAAAAGCCCAACCAAGCACUUUCCUCCUUCAGGAGGAGGUUGCUCAAGGCCUUCCGUGCUGUCUGAAUCUUGGAGAGAGACGGAUAUCACAGAAGAGGUUUGGCAAGGGCUUUGGAAUCACACGGGGCAAAGUUUCUGGAAUCACACGGGGCCCAGGGUCCUACGUCUCCAUUUUCUAUGUCACCAGGAAAAUGGGAGUAGAGGUAUUGAACAACGAUGGACUGACACUUUGUCAUUGGACCUUGCAUUUUUGUUAGUAUAUAUCAAUGAGAUCUAUAAAAUUGUUCAAAAUGCUCAGUCUUCUUCCAGGAUCCUGGAUGAGUCUGAAGAAGGGGAAUGUCCUCUUCUCUUGGAGAGAACCCCUCGAAAGCAGCAUUACAUCUCAGCUUCCUGGCUCUUCCCGGGA